AUGAAAUAUGCGAAUGAUCUUUGGCACUCAACGACCACCAAUCGACCACCCUCAAACGACUCUAAGGAAAUGGCACCACCUACUCAUACGAAUUUGAUGCGCGAUUUACUACGAGCGGUACAAGAGUUGAGUAGGCAAAAUCAAGCACCUCCACCACAAAAUGCACGCCACAGCAGAAUGCAUCGCAUUUUGCCCCUGGAGUUGUCUCAGUGGUUGAGCAGUUUCGUAGGUACAAGCCUUCCACUUUCGAUGAAAGUAUUAUGUGCAGAAUUUAUGUUGAUUGGAGCAGCUGGUCACUGGUGGGAAUCUGUUUCACGUACAAGGACGGAAGAGCAACAACAUAAUCUGACUUGGGAGCAGUUUAAAGAUGAAGUGAUGGCAAGAUAUUUCCCACAGGCUUUGAGAGACUUCAAGGAAUCAGAAUUUUUGCAGCUCAGACAAGGGAGUAUGUUACUUACUGAUUAUGAAAGACAGUUUGAGCAGCUCUCAAGGUAUGCCCCGCACUUGGUGGAUACAGAAGUUAAGAAGAUUAGGAGGUUCGAGAAUGGACUGCACCCUGAGAUCGGCAUGAUCAUUAUGUCCCAUCGUUUCACCUCAUAUCGUGAAAUGUUGGAGAGGGCUCAUGCUAUUUCAUAUCAGAGGACCUCAUUUGAACAGUAUGCCCAGCAGAGCAAGGAGUCGUUGGGAAAAAGGAAGUGGAAUGAUCCAAACAAGGACAGACAUAAUUGGCAGAGUAAAAGACCAAACACAGGAGUUCGUAUUGGGGGAGCUAGUGGGAAUAUUACACCGUGUCCUAAGUGUAAUAAACUCUACAAGGGUGAAUGCUUACUUGGGAAGAACAUGUGUUUUCGAUGUGGUAAGCCAGGGCACAUUGCUCUCAACUGUACAGAGCCACCAAAAAGGAAGGAUGAUGAUCAUGACAAGAACAAGAAAGGAAAGGCCCGAGUUUUCGCACUAAAUCAGCAUGAGGAAGAGCAGGAUCCGAAUGUGAUAGCAGGUAUUCUGUUAUUAUCUGAUGUGCCUGCUUAUGUACUUUUUGAUUCUGAGGCUACCAAUUCUUUUAUCUCUGCAUCCUUCGUCGUUAAGUCUAACUUUGCAUGUGUGAGAAUGAAUAAUGAACUAGAGGUUAGCAUUCCUUUAGGAAGAACUCUUUGCACAAGUCAAAUGACUAAGGCCACUAAAUUAGAGAUUGACGGAAAAAUAUUAGAGGCAGACUUGUACCUUUUGGAGAUGAAAGAUUUCGAUGUUAUUUUAGGCAUGGAUUGGUUGGGGAUUAAUCAUGCAACCAUUCGAUGCUACGAGAAAGAAGUAUUGUUUCAUAAACCAGGAGAGGAAGAGUUCCGUUUCUUCGGGGCAAAGUUCAAGUCUCGACCUCGCCUCAUAUCAGCUAUGCAAGCAGAAAAGAUGUUAAGAAAGGAGUCAUGCCAGGGAUUCUUAGUUAACAUCAAUAGUUCUCAACAUACAGAAAUGACCGUUAACGAUAUUAAGACUUUGCAGAUGUAUUCCUAG